UUGCAGAUCUUCUAUUUCUCCUGUUCUUCUGGAGCAGUCUGACUGACAGUUGCUCUGUGAAGUGACAGGUGAACAGGCCCUCGGGAUGACCAAGGAGACAGACGUCCCUGCCUUGCCAAGACACAUCUGAUUUCCCUCCACCACAUCCUCUUGCCGCUACCCAUCACCUCGUCCCUUCGGGCACAGGGAAGGGCUCUCCUGUGCCUGAGAAUGUCCCCACUGCUCAGGGGGCUGCCACAGCUAGAGCCAACACCCGCCAGGCUGCUCAACUCCUCUUGCUCCUUAGAGAAGAUGCUGCAGUGCAGCUGCUCCUUCCACGGGAUCCCCACGCCCUCUGUGCAGUGGUGGGUGGGCGGUGUCCCUGUGGGUGUGAACAGCGUGGAUGGCGGCCUCCAGGUGACUUCCACCACCCUUGGCCCCUGGGCCAACAGCACCAUCAACCUGGCCAAGGAGCCAGAAAUGGGCACAAGCCUUCUCUGUGAGGGCAAGAACCAAAACGGAACCCAUGCUGUGAGCAUUCUACUGAUGUCAGGAAGGAGUCCUUUGGCUCCCCAGAUCUUUCUGAAAGGGCUGCUCCAGGGUGUUGUCUAUGGAUCUAUGGCAGUCACAUUGCUCUUCCUCUGCCUCCUCCCCUUCAUAGUGAAGCAUAUCAGAAAGAAGAAUGCAAAGAAAACUGCAAAGAUCAAAGCACAAAAGAACCCUGAAGUCAGUAGGCCAGAACCCAAGAUGUCUCCAAAGAAGGCUGAACCAGGGAAAUCCAUAACCACCCCAUCUUCUGAGAACCAGAUUUUGCUCCUUCCAGGAAAAGCAAGCUAAACUGGAGACAGUGAAGGCUGUGAAAACUCCAUGACACCCAGAGUCCCCUGUAUCCAUGGAAUUACAAAAGUCCACAAAACCCACUGAGUCCCUAGAAAGCAUGGAGUUGAUAAUAAAUUCAGAGCCAUCAGAAUCUCCACAGCUCACAAAUUCCUCUCAACCCCUACAUAU